CUUUGGGUUUUCUUUAAGUGAUCAGUUUAAUUUGUGAACAUCUCAUAUGUGUUUGUACAAAUCCUCAAACUACUACCAGAGGUCACCAUCUCCUGCUCCUGACAUCAACACUAAUGUGCAUAAGUACAUGUGCAUAUAUGUGUUUUAGUCCAGUAAUGUUGUUCAAAUGUAGAGGGAGGGACAAUGAAGUUUCCCCUGCUGUGUAUUAGUGUUAACCACAGAUAGUCUGUCUAAAAGUGUAUGUGAUACAGGGUUCAGCCAUUUGUCUGCUGCUGAUCUGAUGAGCUUCAACACGAUAUAUUUGACGCUGAUGUCGGUCAGAAUGGCUCCUCGUCUUCCUCUGAUCUUUCUGCUCAUGAUUCACGGGGUUUCUAGUGCUGAUUGGGGUGUGAGUUACAGUCCUUCACACAUCUGUGCACUAAAGAACUCAUCAGUGAUAAUGAGCUGCACUUAUACAUACCCUACUGGAUAUAAGAUCAAGAAAGUGUUCUGGACCAAAAACCCUGUAAAGUGUGUAGAGUGUCCAGAUCUGUCUGAGGAUCCUGAAUACAGACAGAGGCUUCAGUAUCUGGGAGACACACCGCAGAACUGCACCAUCAGACUGAGUCAUGUGACACAGAAGGACCAACACAUGUACUAUUUCAGAUUCACAACUCAUAAACCUGAUGGAAAAUGGCUUGGUAAACCAGGAGUGUUUCUUACUGUCACAGAUCUUCAGGUGGAGGCUCCUGAGACAGUGACAGAGGGUCAUAAUGUCAGUCUGACAUGUAAAAGCAGCUGCACUCUGACUGACAGAGCAACAUUCAUCUGGUACAGAAACUCACAGCAAUUAACUGAGAGAAGAGACAGAAACAAUCAACUCCUGCUGCAGUCAGUCAGAAGAGAGGAUGCAGGCACAUACACCUGUGCUCUACAUGGACACAGUUACAUCUCUUCUGCUGCUCAUCUCAGUGUCACCUAUCCUCCAAAGAAUGUCUCAGUGUCCAUCAGUCCAUCUGUAAUAGUGGAGGGAGAUUCAGUGACUCUGAGCUGCAGCAGUGAUUCAAACCCUCCUGCAGAAAUCAAGUGGUUUAAAGGAAGAAAGUUUGUAGGAUCUGGAAGAAUCUACAACAUCUCAAAGAUCAGCUCUGAUCACAGUGGAGAAUACAAGUGCAAGUCCAGCAAUCAACAUGGAGAGAAAUACUCUGAUGCUGUGACUUUAAACAUCAUGUACCCUCCCAGGAACGUCUCAGUGUCUAUAACUGGAUCUGGUGUAAUAGUGGAGGGAGAUUCAGUGACUCUGAUCUGCAGCAGUGAUUCAAACCCUCCUGCUCUGAACUUCAGCUGGUUUAAGGAGAAUCAAAGCUCAGCUGUUGGAUCUGGACAGAGUUUCAGUGCACUACAAAGUGGACGCUUCUACUGUGAGGCUCACAAUCAACAUGGAUCUCAGAGAUCAGACGCUGUUACUGUCACAGUUCAUCCUGGAGCUGAUAGGAACGUGAUUGUGAUCGCAGCAACAUCUGGAGGAUUAUUCAUCAUCAUCAUCAUCAUCAUCCUGCUUAUAAUGAGGAAACGAAAGAGUGAUAAAUCUGAAGAUCUAACAAUGAAACAGAAUGAUCUUUAUGCUGAUGUGUCACAGAGAGUUUCAGUCCAUGACGAGUCUCUUUCUGAACCUGAUCCAGUCAAUGAUGCUCUGUAUGUCAGUGUGAAACCCAGCAGAUUCAGAGGAGAAACUCCUGAAUCCAGAGAUACUGAGGAGAUCCAAUAUACAACUGUCCAAUAUCACCGAAAGAAAGAGAGGAACAGACCGGAAGAAGAUGAAUGUCAGUAUGACGAUAUAAGAGUUCAUCAGCCUGAUGCUGCCGAGAGAUUUUCUAGGAGAUCAAAUGUUCAAACUGUGGAAGACGUGUCAGUGAUCUACAGCAGCGUCAGAUGAGAAGUCAGAAGUCAGAAAGAGCUUUAUUGUAUGUAUAGUUUGCACAUACAAGAAAUUUGUUUUGAUGACAGAAACUUCCAGUACACAGAGACAACAACAACACAGAUAAUAAAACAUAAAGAUAUGUGUGUGUGUAUAUAUACAUAUUUAAACAAAAAUAGAUAACAAUGAGUGAUAGAGACCAGCGAACACAAAAGCUGUGUUCAGCUGUUUAAUGAGUGAUUGUUGGAUUAUUGUAUAUCUGUGGAAACAUUUUCUCAUCUGUUCAGACCCGGUCUGUGUACCUUCAUAUAAUUAGUUUUUUAAUUUAAUAUUGAAAUCUGAAAAAAUGAAGAAAAAAAAAACGGCACAUUUUUCAUUUUUCAUUCGUUCAAACAAAACGUAAAAUUAAGAAUUUGGCUUCAUUUUUUCGUUUUUACGUUUAGGGACAGAAAAUGAUUAAACACCUUUCGAUCUCUACAUGUGGGCGGGAAUGAAACGCCCCUCUCCGCUGAUUGGUCAACCAAACAUUACAACAUAAUAAGAGUCCUAAAACAUAAUAAGAGUCAUACGCUUCUACGGAUUCUUAACGUGUUUAUUUCUACUAUAUUGUAUCUCUUUCUCUUCAUCAAACAGCCAGAUUAAAGAAUAGGUUGACACAAACCGUACUGAGGCACUGCCUUUUGGUCCUUCGGCACAC